CUGAUGGACCGAUUGGACGUCCGAAAUUGAACCUUUUGAGUGCGUGAGCGUGUCGUGAGUGUGACGUCAUCAACAAUUCUUCUUCGGUUGUGUUUUCUGCACGCAAAAAAAAAAUGAAAGUGUGAAGCGCAAAAAAUUAAGAACGUCGUUUUCAGUUGGGUGUCUGAGAAUGGCUCGGUUUCGCUUUAGCGAAUUCUUCUUUACAUAAAAAUUUAAAAAAAACGAACGCGUGAAACACUUUCACUCAGCUGUUUUUGUGUUACACCCGGCCGGCUGCAUUUGUCGUUCUCGGUUGCGUCUUACUGGGGUUUCUUAACGUCUCACUUGGUUCGUGCGUGUGUGCAAAUUCAGUUGACAAAUCCCUAAUAAGGAAAAAAACAAACACUGGUCAACGCGGUGUUGCCAUUCCAAGAAAUUCGAACGAACGAACCAUCGAAUAACCCGUUGACGCAAUUCUUCUUAUCUCCCGUGCGAUUGUGUGAAACAAUCAGUGCCCACACUUAUUAAGUGUUUUGUAAUAAUCAAAUGACGACUAUCAAUGAUGAUGGAAGAAUCAUGUAGUGUUCGUUGUCGGGUCCCGACCGACGGCCGGCACGGCCCAUUGUUCCAAGCGACCCGUUAAGGGCAGCUAAAGUUCAUCAAGGCCAACAACCGGCUGUGAAAAAACAAAACAUGAAAAACAGGUGAAGGGUCACGCAUCUGUUUUGCAUAUUUCAUCAACGGGUUUCGAAAAGAAGGACGGCCAUCUUGGCCCCCCCCCCCCCCCCCCCUCCGUUUGUUUGCCUUCAGUCGUCUGCCAGUCUUUGGUCGGAUUGCACACACGUCUCUUUUGUUCUGGUCACGAAUCGCUGGGCACACGCAUGGAACACCUGGAGGCGCCAUGAAGAUGGCGUUCAAAACAUUCAGAGAUGAGCUCUAGAGGAUCUACUAUCGGAACGUCCUUGAAAUUCGAAACCGUUUUUCGUUCGGCGAAGGUCUUUUGGUUGAUGUAAUUACUUUUACUUUUGUGUUGUGUUGUUGUUAAAGAAGAAGAAAGAAGAAGUUGAGGAUUUGUGUGUGCGCGUUCUGUGUGGAUGGCGUUCAAUUUAGCCGCAACGAGCGCCAGUUUGACCGCCGCCGUGAGCGUAGCCGAGAGCAACAGGACCAAACUGAGUCAUGAAGAAUUCCUCAACGAGUGGAACUGGUGUUGGAUCGCUCAAGAUGUGGAAGCGGCAGCGGAACUCGGGCGGACGCUUUUGGAACGCAACCGGGAACUGGAAACGACGGUCCGUCAGCAACAAGCCGUCAUCGACGACCAAACGCAAGAAAUGGAGUACUUGAGCAAGCAGAAUCGGCUAUUACGUCAAGCCGCCGAAUCGCGACUGCGUCUCUGCGAGCAGCUGGAAGCGUCGGUGGCCGAGUGCGAACGCACUAAACUUCGUCUACGUCAUCAGAUCGAAGCGGAACGACAGCGACACAUGACUUUGAAGACGAACAUGGAGGCGGCCGAGGAGAGAGGAGACGAAUUGCAACGGCUGCUGGACGCGUCACGGGCCGCUGAAUCUCAAUCGCGAUGCCAACUGCGAUUGCUGCAACAACAGAGACAACAGCAACAACUUUUGCUCAUGGAAGAACAAAACGAUGACGUGCUGGACGAGUUCCCAUCGACGGCCAUCACGUCCGUCCAUCACGAGAAUCAUUUUCACUCUCUGCCUUGCCACGCCAACAGCCGCAAGGUUCAAAUGGAGGACACGAUGACCGUCUGCCGACUGGUGGAUGACCUGGCCGAAGUGGAGGAGCGUCUCCAUUUGAUGGAAACUGACUGGAUGGAGGAGAAGCGAAAGCGGAUGCAAUUAGAGGCUGAAGUCAUCGGAUUGCAGCAAGAGAAUCAACGGCUACAUCAACAGCCAUCCAUCAUGGCUGGGAAUCUCAGCAGCAGUGCGUCCGUCGGAUGCGAUCCGACCUCGUUAGCUCCGGUGAGUCUGUCGCUGAGUGAAGAGCUCCUCAUUUCGUCCACGACGGAUUUCAGUUCGGCUCAAUGGCGGGACGCGUGGGACAACAGCGGGUCCGUUUCGCUCAUCGGGUCCGGGAUGAUCCGCAAAUUGUGCGGCGAAGAUGAAGAAUUAUGUUCGGAUUCGUCUUCGUCCGGAUUCUCGGAAGAGAAUCAACGAUCGUCUGUCGCCAAAGCCACUCAAACCGAUGCGUUUGCCAUCGAUCUCCCAGCCACAGCGAAAACAAUUGCAACAACAACGUCGUCCGGUGAUUGGGCGGAUGUCAGGAGUCUCUUCCGUGAAAUCUUUGCCGUCAUACAACAAAACCUUUAAAUAAAAAUAAUAAUUCUUUAAAUAUUUCUGCAUUGGAAAUUACUAGGGGUAUAUAUAAAUAUAUAUAAAGUAAAUAGCGAAGAUCGUCAGAGAAAAACAAAACAUUUUUUUAAACAUUAUUUUUGUGCCAUUU